UGCAUUUUCAAAAUGGCCGAGUUAGUGAGGGUCGGUUGGACGGCGAGAGCCCUGCUCCUUACGAGUAUUUUGGAAUAUGCUAACGCUACGAAAUAUUCGCGGUGCUACGAGGAAGCGGACCUCCUGUUACAGGCCGGGCAUUUGUUUCUUUGCGGCAAAACAUCGUCGUCCGAGGACAACGUUGAAAUAUUGGCGUUGUGCCUCGCAACGAGCAGCGUCCGAGGCGAUCCGCAUGAGAUCACCGUAAAACUUGUCGCGGGAGAUGGCCCAAAGUUCCGUGUGGACAGUGCCGUCUGCUCGUGCGUGGCGGGAUCAUCAGAAUGCUGCAAGCACGCUGUCGCCACGCUUCUUCACUGCAGCAGAAAGGGAAUCCAGCAUCUCGAAGAUCUAAGCUGCACCGACAAGGAGUGCGCAUGGAAAAAGACCCCUGGAAAGGAGUUGUAUGGCGAUCCUGUGCCGUACAAGAUGUUCUGCCAUGUAAAGAAGCUCCGACCUACGCUGGAGCCUUCACCCGAGGCGCAGGCAGCUAUCCUCAAGCAGCUGACAGGCGCCUGCUUUAAUUCUGCGCUCGCCAAGCAUAGGAGGAGGAGGCGGGCUGAUCGGUCAAGCAGUGUCCCGGAACCGUCAAGGCUGGACGAGAAGUACAGGCAGGCCAUAGAGUGCGCCGAAGGCAGUGAUCUUUUGGCAAGGCUUGCCGCAGUUCCGGCCUCUCCUCCGGAAGGCUGCCCUUCUUUCUACGAUCAACAAGUCGCUGUCUCUGUUGAAACAGCCGCUGUCAUGCUUCGGGACACAAAAGAGAACAAGGCAGCCUGGAUGAUGGAACGUCGCUGCCGGAUCACAGGAACAACAUGCUACCCCCUCUCUACCUACAAGUUGGGAAACUGGGAAAAGAAGGUGCGGUCCACAAUGCAGCCAUCAUUCCAUGGCAAUGCCGCAACUGCCCAUGGUCUACGAUACGAGCCAAAGGCACGGGAGAAGUAUGCAAAGACCCGACGAGUUGACAUUUUUCCGUGUGGACUCGUUGUUUCGCCACAAAACCCCUGGCUCGGCUGCUCCCCUGAUGGCGUUGUGUUCGAGGGGUCACGACCAGGCAAGUUGAUCGAAAUCAAGUGUCUCAAAAAGGGAGAAACGAUGACUGCAAAGGCACUCUUGGCCACCUGUGAUUUUCUGGAGACUGACGAGGCUGGUACCUACAGCCAAAAGAAGCGCCACACCUUCUAUGAGCAGAUGCAGCUGGGGAUGGUUCUUCUUGAUGUGAAGACCUGUGAUCUUGUUAUUUAUGCUAGCAUGGAUGAUUCAAUCGAGGUCAUAUGCGUGGAUUUCGAUGAAGCUUUCGUUUGGCCUCUCCUGACAACCGUAAAGAGAAUUUACUUUGAGCGUGUACUUCCAGUGCUAUGUUCGUCGGUAGAGUGA